AUGACAGAACCAUUUCUUUCUUCUUCUUUCGCACUGAAAGGAACUAAGCAUGGACACGUUCAUCUCUGCUUGAGAGAAUUUUGUAUUGAGAAAUACGGCAGGGAACAGUGGGAGAAAGUGCUGAAGGCAGCGAACCUCGACGAUGAUAACGACUUCAUGUUGUUUCAUUACUAUAAAGAUGACAACACAUUCAAAUUGGUCGGAGCAAUACAGAGUGUCGUGGGUAUCGACUUACCCCAGCUUCUGGAGUCCUACGGUCGCCAUUUUUAUAUGUACGCCUAUUCCCGUGGAUAUGACCGUAUGAUGAAGACAUUGGGACGCGACUUUUAUUCCUUCGUCCAGAACCUCGAUCUGCUUCAUUCGUUAUUGGCACUCACCUACAAGGGCAUGCGUCCUCCACAGUUUCGGUGUGAGAGGAAGAACAACAAGUUGUUGGUACACGUGUACACUGUGAGGCCAGCGAUGUAUCCAGUCGCAGUUGGUACAUUAAAGGAGGUUGCUAAGCAACUGUUUGAUACAGAAAUUGAGAUGGAACUUGUUGAAAGACUGACGGGAGAAAUUUUCGAAUCAAAAUUUUGUGAACAUGUAAUUUUCGACGUUAAAGUAAUUGGUGUAGACCGGGGAAUAGGGAUCAAUGUUUCCAAAACUCGCAACUGCAGUGUUGUUUUGGAUAAAGGAAUCCGGCCUGAAGAUCUGGACAGGUACAUGGAUAAUCAGAUGAUCAGUCUACCGCGGCGAAGUUUACAUCUCGCUAUCCCCUACAGUGUCAUCUUUAACGAGAAAAUGCACAUCCUCGGGGCUGGUCUACAUUUGAAAACUCUGUGCUCAGACCUAGAAAAGACCAACAUUAAGUUUAACGAUGUUUUCGAGAUCAAGGAACCAAGCGUGACUCUAUCGUUCAACAACAUCAUGAAUUGUUCGAACACAUACAUGUACUUUUUCCUGCAAUUGAAGCCAAGAAAGGACAAAAACAACGUAGAAGAGGAGUGUCCGUUACUUCGAGGUCAUAUGAUUCCCCUGGAGAACAGGAAACAUAUUGCCUUCCUUGGCAGUCCAUUCUUUGAGAGCAUCAGCGACCUGUUAGCGUCCACGUGUUACUUAAACAAUAUCCCACAGGAUCAAAUCACCAUGGAGAUCAUGUUUAUGAAUGAACAGCGAAGAGCCGAUGUGGAAAUGAGUAAGAAGUUAGACGAGACCACUGCAAACAUGAAAAAGUUGGCCAGUGCUCUCGAAGAGGAAAAGAAAAAGACCGACACACUUUUGUAUGAGAUGUUGCCCGUAAAGGUGGCCAACCAGUUACGGAAUGGAGAAGUGGUAUCCGCGGAGAAGCACGAGUGUGUCACCAUCCUGUUCAGCGAUAUUGUGACGUUUACCAACAUGGCUGCCAAAUGUGAGCCUAUUGAAAUCGUUGCUCUGCUGAAUGACCUAUUUAUGAGAUUUGACAAUUUGUCGACGGAAUAUGACGUAUACAAGGUUGAAACCAUUGGCGAUGCAUAUAUGGUUGUUUCGGGAGUUCCGGAACCUAUUGUUGAUCAUGCGCAGAGAAUUGCAACCAUGGGGCUAGGAAUGAUAGCGGAAACAGACCGUGUUAUUUCCCCCGUCACAGGUCGUCCAAUACAGAUACGAGUAGGGAUACACACGGGGCCGGUGGUGUCAGGUGUUGUGGGAACGAGGAUGCCGCGUUACUGUCUCUUCGGGGACACCGUCAACACAGCCUCGCGUAUGGAGAGUCACGGGGUUCCAGGCCGGGUUCACGUCAGUUGGUCCACUUACCAGAAACUUAUCAACUCUGAAUAUAAUAUCGAGCCCAGAGGAGAGAUUGAGAUCAAAGGUAAAGGAUUGAUGAACACAUACUUUAUCAACGGCAAGUCGUCCAGUGUCCAGACACCCUGCAGACCACAGGACAGUCAUGUAAUAAAUACAGAAGCCAUCACAGAAAGUAAUGGUCGUAUUCAAGAAGAAAAUGAAAUAAAAAACACAUCGUCUUCAACAAGAAUCACUAUAGACAAUAGAGAGGAAGAAACAAGUCAAAGUUCACUGUGUUAUAUACUGUAG